CCACCUCUCGAAGCAAACUCAAUUUCUCCACCAAAAGCGCAUACACCAAAACCACUGUGUAUCUCCCUCUCGAUCUCCCAUCUUCCUCCUCGGGAAAAAAAUGGAAAGAACUACCCUUCUGUCCCUCCUCUCUCUCAUCUCUCUCCUCUCCUUCAUCUUCCUCCCAUCUACCCUUGCAGAGAUCAAAACCCUAGCCAUCACCUCCGACUCCCGGCCCAUGAUCCUGAUCGAGAAGUUCGGAUUCACCCACACCGGCCACGUCCACAUAUCAGUGUCCUCGGUCUCCUACGAAUCGUUGAAUCCAUCGCUCCCGCCACCACUCUCGUCGCUCCUCGGCUUCUUCCUCCUUUCUCAAGAAUCCCUCCUUCAAAUCCUCCAAGAAUCCCAGCAAAACCCUAAUUUCUGCGUACUCUCAUCUCACCACGUCAUCAAUCUCUUCACAUUCCAAGAUCUCUCCCUCAAUUCCCAUUCCUUCAAUCACUCCUACCCCAUCACCGCCCCCAAUGAAUACUCUCUCUUCUUCGCCAAUUGCGCUCCAGAAUGCCAGGUCAGCAUGUCGCUCCGCACCGAGAUGUACAAUCUGGAUGCUGCGGGCCCCGGCAUCCCCCCCGUCAAGGACUACCUCCCUGCAGGUCAGACCCAGCUUCCAUUUCUGUAUUUCUUAUUCUCUGUCGCGUAUUUGGUUUUCCUUGUCGUUUGGGUCUUGGUGUGUGUCCGGAACAAGCGGUCAGUCCACCGCAUCCAUCUCCUCAUGGUGGGUCUGAUCUUGAUCAAGGCGCUGAAUUUGAUCUGCGCCGCUGAAGAUAAGCACUACAUUAAGGUGACGGGGACACCCCACGGAUGGGACAUCCUCUUCUAUAUAUUCCAGUUCAUCAGGGUCACACUCCUCUUCACCAUCAUUGUCCUGAUCGGGACGGGGUGGUCAUUCCUUAAGCCCUUCCUCCAGGAGAAGGAGAAGAAGGUGCUGAUGAUUGUGAUCCCGCUGCAAGUUGUGGCUAAUGUAGCGUCUGCUGUGAUCGGCGAGACGGGGCCCUUCAUCAAGGACUGGGUCACCUGGAACCAGGUGUUCCUGCUGGUUGAUAUCGCAUGUUGUUGUGCGAUCAUCUUCCCGAUCGUGUGGUCCAUCCGUUCAUUGAGGGAGACAUCCAAGACAGACGGGAAGGCCGCAAGGAAUCUCGCGAAGCUGACGCUGUUCCGGCAGUUCUAUAUCGUUGUGGUGGGGUACCUGUACUUCACAAGAAUAGUGGUCUACGCGCUCAGGACGAUUGCAGCAUAUAAGUACCAGUGGGUCAGUGCGGCCGCCGAGGAGGCUGCGAGCCUUGCAUUCUACUUGUUUAUAUUCUACAUGUUCCGGCCAGUGGAGAGGAAUGAGUACUUUGUCAUUGACGAUGAGGAAGAAGAGGCUGCGCAGGCGGCGCUCCGUGAUGAUGAGUUUGAGCUCUGAACUCGGCUGAGGAUCGGAAAAUGGUAUUGUCCUUUCAAGUCUCUGGGGAAUCAGGGGCUCUUGAAUGUAACAUCUAGAGGAUGGGUUGCAGGGAGUUUUCAUUAGAACGGCUGUUUGUGGUGUGAUGCUCUCUUUUUUUUUUUUUCUUGCUAUAACUGUCACGUUUUGAGAUUUUUGUUUUUUGGGUGUGGGUGUUGGACUCAUGGAAUGUUUUUUCGGAUACUAUUCGUUGCUAAAUCUGAAAUUUAAAGCAUUUCCUGUA